CUAGUACAGUAAAAACAGACUACACAAUUACUGCAUCAUCCCCAGUUUUAGGUGGCAAUCUCACCACACAACCAGACACUGUGGAGGUAGCAAAAACAAAAGAAACGUCAGGCACCGAAGCUCCAUUAGUUACUUCAGACACAGAUAAAAUUACAGAACUAACCAUGGAAACUGAAGUGAGUGAAAAGAUAGUACAUACAAAUGUAACAGAAGAGCCCUCAGUUACUCCAAGCUUAGACAUAACAACACCUUUCACCUUAACAGAGAUGGACAGAUCAAGUGGCCAAACUGUAGUUAUUCUUACAGAGGGAUCUGACUUGCCACCAGUUUCAUUCUUGCCAAGCACAGCUGUGUUAUUAGAAGAAUCCACAACCACACCAUCGGAAGUUGUUAGUGCUGGAAUCACACAACUUACAACUGCGGGAAGUGAGGUAACAGGAGAGGAAGAACUAAAAACAAGUACCAUUCUCAGUAUAGAUCUGUAUCCUGAUAUGGAAGGGUCUGGAGUUCACCUCAAAGAAGAGCAGCGGGAAGGUUCAGGAGAACCAAUUACCACUUCACCCACUAAAGAAUCACAUGAGCAAACGAGUGUUGUAACUGAUGAAGCAGAAAUAGCUGAGUCUGAAAAAGCAUCAGCUGUCCUUGGCACUGAAUUAUCCACAUGGACCACACCAAUUAUGAAAGACUCUGCUGUAACAAAAUCAUCUCUCCUUCGUACUACACCUCAACUAGAAUCUUCCUCAGUGUCAAUGAGUGGUGCAGACCAAACAGAAUCAACUGUGGAAAGUGAGGUGUCACAAAAAGAAGAGACAAUAAGCACCACAAAGCCCUCAGUGAUCUCCAGCCUCAGCGGAAGAACCACAGUCAUCCCCUGGAAAAAAGAUGACUCUGAUGAUGAAGCCCCUGAGAUGUUUACAGUGGGUAGAGCUGUAACAAAAGCUCCUCUCCUGUCAACCACAGCUCAGAGAGUAGAGUCCUCUACAGCCAUGAGUGGAGUCAUGGAUGAGAAGACUGUGGAAAGUGAGGUAACAGAUAAAGAAGGAUUUACACCAGCUGUUCUGCCAAGUUCAACGCUAUACCCGGACAUGGAAGGAUCUGGAGAACAACCCACAGAAGACCAGCAGGAAGGUUCAGGAGAAGCUAUUACCAUCCCACCCACAAAGCAACCAUAUGAUCAAAUCAGUGUUGUGACUGAUGAGGCAGAAAUCGCAGAAACAUCAGAGAAGACCUUAGACACUUUAGAUGUGGAUAGUGCCACAACAUUCAUUCCAGGAGUGGAUGUAACUAAAGCAACCACUUUACCUAGUGGAACUCAGCCUGACAUCUCUUCAUUAGAAUUAGGCAGCGGUGAUUUGACAGAGGAAACAGCAGUGAGUAGUGAAGUUAGAAAAGAUGAGGGUUCAGGUGAACAAACAGAUGAGAUGUUCACCAAGGAGUCUGCUGUAACUAGAGUUCCUCUUGUGUCUAGUACAGUAAAAACAGACUACACAAUUACUGCAUCAUCCCCAGUUUUAGGUGGCAAUAUCACCACACAACCAGACACUGUGGAGGUAGCAAAAACAAAAGAAACUUCAGGCACCGAAGCUCCAUUAGUUACUUCAGACACAGAUAAAAUUACAGAACUAACCAUGGAAACUGAAGUGAGUGAAAAGAUAGUACAUACAAAUGUAACAGAAGAGCCCUCAGUUACUCCAAGCUUAGACAUAACAACACCUUUCACCUUAACAGAGAUGGACAGAUCAAGUGGCCAAACUGCAGUUAUUCUUACAGAGGGAUCUGACUUGCCACCAGUUUCAUUCUUGCCAAGCACAGCUGUGUUAUUAGAAGAAUCCACAACCACACCAUCGGAAGUUGUUAGUGCUGGAAUCACACAACUUACAACUGCGGGAAGUGAGGUAACAGGAGAGGAAGAACUAAAAACAAGUACCAUUCUCAGUAUAGAUCUGUAUCCUGAUAUGGAAGGGUCUGGAGAACCAAUUACCACUUCACCCACUAAAGAAUCACAUGAGCAAACCAGUGUUGUAACUGAUGAAGCAGAAAUAGCUGAGUCUGAAAAUGCAUCAGCUGUUCUUGGCACUGAAUUAUCCACACGGACCACACCAAUUAUGAAAGACUCUGCUGUAACAAAAUCAUCUCUCCUUCGUACUACACCUCAGCUAGAAUCUUCCUCAGUGUCAAUGAGUGGUGCAGACCAAACAGAAUCAACUGUGGAAAGUGAAGUGUCACAAAAAGAAGAGACAAUAAGCACCACAAAGCCCUCAGUGAUCUCCAGCCUCAGCGGAAGAACCACAGUCAUCCCCUGGAAAAAAGAUGGCUCUGAUGAUGAAGCCCCUGAGAUGUUUACAGUGGGUAGAGCUGUAACAAAAGCUCCUCUCCUGUCAACCACAGCUCAGAGAGUAGAGUCCUCUACAGCCAUGAGUGGAGUCAUGGAUGAGAAGACUGUGGAAAGUGAGGUAACAGAUAAGGAAGGAUUUACACCAGCUGUUCUGCCAAGUUCAACGCUAUACCCGGACAUGGAUGGAUCUGGAGAACAACCCACAGAAGAUCAGCAGGAAGGCUCAGGAGAAGCAAUUACCAUCCCACCCACAAAGCAACCGUAUGAUCAAAUCAGUGUUGUGACUGAUGAGGCAGAAAUCGCAGAAACAUCAGAGAAGACCUUAGACACUUUAGAUGUGGAUAGUGCCACAACAUUCAUUCCAGGAGUGGAUGUAACUAAAGCAACCACUUUACCUAGUGGAACUCAGCCUGACAUCUCUUCAUUAGAAUUAGGCAGUGGUGAUUUGACAGAGGAACCAGCAGUGAGUAGUGAAGUUAGAGAAGAUGAGGGUUCAGGUGAACAAACAGAUGAGAUGUUCACCAAGGAGUCUGCUGUAACUAGAGUUCCUCUUGUGUCUAGUACAGUAAAAACAGACUACACAAUUACUGCAUCAUCCCCAGUUUUAGGUGGCAAUCUCACCACACAACCAGACACUGUGGAGGUAGCAAAAACAAAAGAAACGUCAGGCACCGAAGCUCCAUUAGUUACUUCAGACACAGAUAAAAUUACAGAACUAACCAUGGAAACUGAAGUGAGUGAAAAGAUAGUACAUACAAAUGUAACAGAAGAGCCCUCAGUUACUCCAAGCUUAGACAUAACAACACCUUUCACCUUAACAGAGAUGGACAGAUCAAGUGGCCAAACUGCAGUUAUUCUUACAGAGGGAUCUGACUUGCCAAGAGUUUCGUUCUUGCCAAGCACAGCUGUGUUAUUGGAAGAAUCCACAGCCACACCUUCAGAAGUUGUCAGUGGUGGAAUAGCAAAUUUAACAAAAGGGGAGAGUGAGGUAACAGAUAAGGACCAAUUAACACCAAGUGUGAUGCCCAGUACACCUCCAUACCCAGUCAUGGAAGGAGCUGCAGAGCAACCCACAGAAGAAAAGCAGGAAGGUUCAGGGGAAGCAAUUACCAUCUUACCCACUGACACAUCAUAUGACCAAAUCAGCAUUGUGACGGCUGAGACAAGCAUCGCAGAAACAUCAGAGAAGACAUCAGACAUUUUAGAUGUGGAAAGUACCACGACAUUCAUUAUGGAAUCUGCAGUUACAAAAACAACUAUUUCACCUGGGACAACUCAGCCAGAAGACUCUUCCUCAGAUUUAGCCAGUGGUGAUUUCACAGAAGAAAUACUAGCAGCAAGCAAGGUUCCAUUAGACGUGAGUUCAGGUGAUCAACCAGAUGAGAUGUUCACUAAAGAGUCUGUUGUCACUACAAGUCCUCUUUUAGCCCGCACAGUAAAAAUGGAUUACACAGCUUCCACAUUCUCAGGUAUAGACAGAAGCCUUACCACACAAGGCACUGUAGAUUUUACUCAAACAAGAGCAAAAUUAAGCACUGACACUCCAAUUGUUAUCUCAACUACAGAUGAAACCAUUGGAGAAUCUGAGGAAACUGAGACAAGUGGCUUGAUGCUAGAAGCAAAGCCCUCAAUUAGUCCUAGCCAAAACCUGACAGCUACACCAUUAACCUUACCAGACGAUUUAAGUGGCCUAACUCUCACCAUUCCUGUAGAACAUAAGGUAACGGCACUCAGCACUGCUCAGCCAACAGAAUAUUCCUCAGAAUCAGACCAUUAUGCAAUCACAGGCAAACUAGCUGAGACAACAGUAGAUAAGAGCCCAGAUGACCAAGCACAGGAAUUUACUGAGCAGCCUGCCUUAACAAAAGCUUCUUUUGUGCUCAGCACAUCUCGUUCAGUAGAACCAUCCAGCAUAGAAGCACCUUUGAUCACUAGUAGUUCAUCAAAAGACCUUGAAGCAACUGUGAAAAAUGAAGUUAUGGAACAUGAAGAGAAUAGAACUAUUCAGAUUACUCAGUCUUCUAUUUUUGUAACAAUGAGUGAACACACUGGAACGCUUGGCAGAGCACCAACAUCCACCCCUAUUCCCUCUGUAGUCCACCAAGGUAUAGAUGAGCAGCACAUUUUCACCCCAAGCCCAACAAGCAGCCAAGCAAAAACCAGCACUGAUGAAUUGUCACCAACCACAAAGCCUUACCACACAGGACAGGCAACCCCCACAGUGAUCAGAUUUACUGAGGAAGAAACAAGGGAGGAUGAGUUGUUCUCACCAGUGACCGAGAGUAGGAAAGAGAACCAUACAAGUACCAAAUACAUUGAUUCAUCAGCUCCUGAGUUUGAGGGUGUUUCCAUCAUUGAUGUGGACAGUGUUUCACUGGUUGAAGCCUCCUCACCUUUCUCAACAACUAUUCUUACCGAGGAAGCAGUGGGUGUGACCGCGGUGACCCUCCCACCACAGUCAGCUCUCUUAACAACAGAGGAGCCUGAAGGAUCUGGUUCAGAUAUGACCAUAACUUUCACCACUCACUCAAUGCACGUGAAGUAUGAAUCCACCACACAAGGACUGACACCUACUCUGACUGAUGCAUCUCAAGAAGUGAGCUCAAAGAUAACCAGUAUCACAGUGGAGGACGCGAUGGCCAAAGCAACUGCCCCAUCACUUCCUGUUGAUGUGUCCUCAGCUGAAAAGUAUCUGACAUCUCCCUCACCUGUUCACACAGUUCACCCAGUUAGAGAGUCUAUCUCCCAACCUGAUGCGGUCAUUCAUUCAGGCACCGUGGUCUCCCCAAGGGCUGAUAGCACUUCCACACAUGGUUCUGAUGUGGAUCAGGUACUUCAGCAAACUGUAUCCACCACCCUCAAAUCUACCCAGUCUGAAAUGGAGCUGAGCAGGCCUUCAGAAGGGGUGACUAAACCUCCCGGAAUUACAGAAUCUCCACCAGUGUCCUCAUCCAGGCUCACCACAAUGCAGUCUGAAGCCAGAUUGCCAACUGCAGGCAUCAGUCAGCCAGACAGCACUGAAAAGAAGCCAGAGUCUGAGCUGGAGCCUGUGGAAAGUGCAUCUAAGAGAGAGGAGGUAGAAGGGGGAGAAGAGGAGUCAGCUUAUCUUGUCACUGAAACAGAAGAGGCAGUUGAACCAGAGGGUGUUUCCACACCCCCCAGCAAGACUCGUGAUGCUGAGGCCACCGUCAUCAGCAAACCAUCAGGGGUUAUUCCAGAGGCUUCAACCAUCCUAGCAGAGGAGGAUGAAGUAGACUAUGAUAGUUCAUCAAAUCCUCCACUGAUUGAAGCUCUGCCUGCCCCCGGUGAGAUUGAAAGCACUCUAACACCUGAUUUGGACCCAGGACACACCAUUGUCGGCCAGGUGUUUGACAUCCCAGGAAUAGAUUGUUGCACUGAAAAUAUGUGCCUGAAUGGAGGCUCUUGCUACACAAGGGGAGAUGUCUACACUUGUUCCUGUCUACCUGGUUACAGUGGUGAUAACUGUGAAAUAGACGCAGACAAUUGCCAGUCCAGCCCCUGCCGCAAUGGAGGCACGUGUGUAGAUGGUCUCAAUUCAUUCACCUGUGUGUGCCUCCCAAGUUAUGGAGGAACCCUCUGUGAAGAAGACACGGAGACCUGCGAUUACGGCUGGCACAAGUUCCAGGGUCACUGCUACAGGUACGUCCCGCACCGGAGGACCUGGGACAUCGCGGAGAGGGAGUGCCGUCUGCAGGGCGCCCACCUCACCAGCAUCCUGACCCACGAGGAGCAGCAGUUUGUGAACCGCUUGGGACACGAUUACCAGUGGAUUGGCCUCAACGAUAAAAUGUUUGAAAAUGAUUUCCGUUGGACUGACGGGCGACCAGUGCAAUAUGAGAACUGGAGGCCGCACCAGCCGGACAGCUUCUUCACCUCGGGCGAGGACUGCGUGGUGAUGAUCUGGCACGAGGACGGGCAGUGGAACGACGUGCCGUGCAACUACCACCUCACUUUCACCUGCAAGAAGGGAACAGUCGCCUGCAGCCAGCCUCCAGUCGUGCAGAACGCCCGUACCUUCGGAAGGAUGCGGCCGCGCUACGAGGUAAACUCGCUGGUGAGGUACCAGUGCAAGAACGGCUUCAUCCAGAGACACGUGCCCGUCAUCAAGUGCCGUGGAAACGGGCGGUGGGACGUCCCCCAGAUCACCUGCAUGACCCCAUCUACCUUCCAACAGGCAUACGCUUGGAAACACAUGCACAACAAUUACAACCAUUCCAGGAGGCGGGUCCAUGGGUUGAAGAGAAACCACCAUCGCUGGGCCAUGAGAGUGCACAGGCACGGGCGCUGACCUCCCACGUGACCCCCGUCUGGAGAACCAGCCUCGUCGCACAAGGGCCUGAAACCCGCAAUGAGCCCCCUUCCACUCACCCACGGACGUCAGGCACCUAAAGGACAAACCCCAACGGCACCGCCAAAAGGAAAAUAAAACAGGCGUUUUUUUUUUUACAGUCAAGACAUGAGAAGAAUUAUGAAAAAUGAAGUGCCUUGUUAAUGCUUUUCACUUUCUUUUAUUGUUGCUCAAUGUUUUUUGUUUUUUUGAGGGUCACAAUUUUUUUUUAUGACAAAAAGGAUACAGACAGCUGGACACAGGAUCUGUUUGCUGAUGGAUACGAAUGUUGAUUUCACAUUUUCUACUUUGGAUUUAUUUUUAUUUUUUUCAUCCAGCCUGCUUCUCUGGCCAGGCAUAUAAUUCAAAAGCUCUUUAUCUAACAGUUUAACUGUCCAAAAGUUAAACGAGGAAAAGCGGAGGGAGGGAAAAACAAGCUUCAACAACUCAAGAUAUUGUAAAUACACCAUGGAAUUUAUGAGUAUUCAUAACGCGCUCCUAGGAUUUUUCACCCCAAGAGACAUGGAAAUAGUGUCUCUUUCUGCUGCUCUUUUGUAUACUUUACACAGAAUCUAUAUGCAAUGAAGGCCAAUAAUGACAGAAGAGUGGGUGUUUUACCUGUGACCAGGAGGAUUUCCGCCAUUUUGGCUCUGGAGUUAAUGUGCAUUUCUGGCGACAAUUCCAAAGGCAUUUCAUAGAGUAGGUGGACAACAAUGCAGGGACAAGGUGGGAGAGGAGUGCGCAAAAGACCCAGCCGCCAACUAUGAGGAUUCUCAGAGGCGGCCAGGCCAAGUGGCUCAGAAUACAGGAAGUCACGUUCCUGAAACAGGAAGUUAUUUUUCUGAAGCAAGGAGUUUAUUAUACCAAAAGGUUUGAACAGCUUACCAGCAUGUAUGAAGAUGCCAUCAUUGGUGAUCUUGGAGAGGGAAAAAAAAUAUAGAAAUGUGUAAUAAAUUAAUAAAUUGACAAAUGUGUGUAUAUAUAACCGUUUUAAUCUUUAAGUGUGAUACAGUCAAAAAUAUAAAAAGAAAAGAUAUUAUGAAUGUGUGACAGAGUACUGCAGACUCAGUGCUUCCUCCUUGGGCUAUGAUAAUUGAAGUAAAACCAGAGAUUUAAUUUAUUCUGCAUCUUUCAUAGGAGCACAGAAGGCAAAGGCAACAUUUUUAUGUACACCCAGUUUCAACCCCAACGUUCUUUGCAGUGUUUACAAAAACUUUGCCAUUUAAUGCUACUGUUUUUAUUCUGCCUUAAAAUCUCAUUGGGUUUUUAAUCUGAACUACUCUUACCUUACAUGCUUUUUUCUUGAACUACUAUUAAGAGAAUGUACUUUGUCAAAUUGUGAAAGACUUGAAUGGGAGAUACAAAUAAUUUAUUUUUUAUUUUUUUAAUUUUCUUGCAUGAGGCCAGACAUUCUGGAGAUGCAAUCACUUGGCCUUAUUUGUACAAUCUUUAAAUCUUGGUGUGGAAACAGAUAUAUAUUUAUGCUGUGCAAGAAAGUAUUAGUCAACGUGAUGAUUGAAUAUGGUACUUAUUUGUCACUAAUGAACUCAAACUCACAGUAUCCAUGGAUUAACAAUUCCGAGGCUUCAUAGCAACACAGAGACCACAAUAGGACUGUGUCGCUCAAUGACAGAUGACCCCUUCUUUGUAAUAUUCCCAGGCAUGAUGUUCUUUUGGUCUGAUUGCCUUGUUUUUUACCAUUAGAAUGCACAUAAUAUCUUUUAUAUUUAUAUUAUAACUUGUAUAUUUUAUAAUGUGAAUGUCUGGGAUGUUUGCGAAUUAUGUUUUUUAAAAAGAUUUUAAAAACUUUUUAUACAUGCUCUGUGUCACCAAAGAAAACGUUUAAUGCAUUCUA